AUGUAUAGUGGAUGUGUAGUCACAAGCUCAAGGAAUUACUGUGCAGAAUACUUGGACAGGUACCUGGACGCUGCUAAUUCUCUGUCCGUACGGCAGCUUGCAACAAGAUAUAAUUUGCCGUCUCUGCUGAAAGCAGCGUCUGAUACCCAAUGCCGCAGCUACUCAAGAUACUCGGAGGAUCCGAAGUACCAGGACGUUAUCAGCCCUGAUGUUUAUUUGAAGCUCAUAGUGCGCUGGGUUGGCGAAGACGUACCCAGCAGGGAAUCCUCGUUUCGACCUUUGUUAGAACGAUGUCACAUAGCUGAUGUAUCUGAUAAUGCACUUGAAUUCGUCCUUGACUAUUCUCCGCUUCUCACGAAGAGUCAAAGUUGCAGACAUAUACUCCUCGGUGCCAUGCAUGCCAGCGCCAUUCCAAUGCCCAAAUAUGAACAGCAGUUCAUUUCGUUGACGCAACAGUUGGGAGGAGAUGCCGCCGCGGCUGCUCUUCUGGAAUCUACUGCAGGAUUAACUGCUGGUGCUGAUGAAGAUUAUGAAAAUGAUUCGAGUUUCGAACACAUGGACGAUGAUGAUGAUGAAGAAGAGCCGCCAGUUGAAGGGAAACCCACCACAACGACAAUUCUUGAAACAACUUACACGGAGGAUGGUGUGGAAAAGCCUCGCUUACGUUUGAAGAUCAAUUUGGGGGCACUUCCCUUAUCAGAUAUCAACAGAAAAAGGUUUGGCAAAUCCAAACAUCUGCGUAAAUCUCACAACAGCGAGAAAUCAAUCGUGAAGAAAAGAGGCCGACACAAGAGGACUGACGACACUGAGAUUUUGCCAAUGGUGGAUGACGAUGAUGUCGAUGGUGUUUACGCGACGUCAUCCCUUGUUGGAGCUGUCACCUACACUGAAGAGGAUGCUAUCGAUCCAGAAGAAGUGGAAGACGGAGAAGACAUACACGUCGAGGGCGGUCAACAUACUUGCAAGUUCUGCAAGUUCGCAAGUACUUCAGCUGAGGAACUCGACAAACAUCGCGCUCGACAGCACAAUCGUAAUACCGGCUACGUAUGUCAGCUGUGUGAUUACGAGGCGACAUGGAGCAAAACGUUUUAUGAGCACUGUCGAGAACACUGGGCACAAGCUCCUUACUCAUGCGACCAGUGUCCAUUCGUAGCUAAAGACUCACUUCAUGAACUUCUAGCGCAUCGCCUAACUCAUACAACCGAGCGUUUCUUCAAAUGUCUCGAAUGCAAUUUCCGAGCUCGCUCCCGAACCCAACUUUGGGCCCAUGAACGAAUGCAUAGCAGCUUAGAUGAACGGCCUCUCCAUUGUGAAGAAUGUGGUCGAGGUUUUAAUACUCACACCGCACUGGAGAUGCACUUUUCAUCUCAUGACGAGCCUCGGUCUUUGGUUUGCGAAGACUGUGGCUUUGCCACUUCAAAUGCGGACCAUAUGACAUCACAUCGUAGGCAGCAUACUGGAGACAUGUUCUACUGCCAUAUUGAUAACUGCGACUACUCCUCACCGAAGAAAAGUCAGCUGGCUGCUCAUUUGAGAACACACAUGGCUGUGCGAGCUCCACAUAUUUGUGGCCGAGGCUUCAUCGAAAAAUCUCAUCUAGUUCGCCAUGAGAGAAUUCAUCUUGAAGAUAAACCAUUCAAAUGUGACGCUUGUGAUUAUGCUUCCAGUCGUCGUGAUAAACUGAAGGAGCACAUUCUCAAACACCACAAUGGAACUAUGGUCAACAAGUCACAGAGACGUCGCUAUCGAAGGGCUAAACAGCUGGCUGCGCUUACUGCUCAGCUGCCGGAUCGAACUGCUCCACCUGAAGCAAUGUUCCGCCCGAUUCCCGCGAGCGAAUCCGUAUCACAAUGGGCAGAAUCGCAGUCGUUCCAAAAUGAAGAGCAGUAUUCUCCUCAACACGCUCAGCGAUUGAAUGCAACAAUUGCUGGUCAAGCAGGGACGUCGCAGUCCAUUGCGGGUUUUUCACCACUGCCUCGUGCCUUCUCCGUGGCAAAUCCUGCUGCACCACCCCUUGCGGGAUCAAUGUCUCCUGGAUCAAUGUCGUUGAUGAACGUUCACCUAGGAGGUGUGGAUUCACCCUUAAUAGAGAAAAACAACAUCAACAGCACGCCAUCAUUGGUCACGCCAGUUCCUGUGCCGAGGUCUCCUCACAAUCGUUCCGAUCCUUUUGGCAUGAGUACGCCAACUGAUUUGAAUCGACCUAUGAGUUUACCUCCUUAUGGUCAAGCGCAAACAUCUCCACAGCCGUCAACAAGUGAACAGCAACCGAGUUCUGGCCAAUGGUUGUGGUAA